AUGUCCCAUAUCACACAGUUCCUCCUUCUGUCUCUGCUGUGCCUGGGCCUGUCACUGCCCUCGGCAGAGGGACACAUCUGGGCCUGGAUGCUCUCCAUUCCCUACAGUCCACCUGAGGAUGGGCCCCUCUCCCCACGGGGCACGCCAGCUGCUGACGCCCGGGGAUCUGCGGUGGUGUGCGACAACGACCGUGCCUGUGGAAGGGGGUUCUCCUGCGACCGGCACUUUGGACUGUGCGUGCCCCUCAAGCAGGCGGGGCAGUACUGCCGACGGGAUGCCCAGUGCGUGCGCGGCCUGAGCUGCAUGUUUGGGAAGUGUCACCGCAGAAUCCCAGAAGGACAGGAAGGAGCCAGGUGCAAGGUGGACAAGGACUGCGAGGGUUCCAUGUGCUGUGCGCGGCACCACGGCGAGCAAGUCUGCAAACGCAGGCUGUCGCGUGGAGAGAGCUGCUUUGUGCCCGACGGUGGCCUGGCGUUCAGCAUUAACCAGAUCUGCCCUUGCGACGAGGGGCUUCUGUGCCGCAGCAGCGCCGAGACGCCCCGCAGAGAGUGA